ACCCCUCUCUCUCUCUCUUUCUCUCUCUCUCUCACUUUCAAUUUCUUUUUUGGUUUCCGUUCCUCAUUCUUUCGUCUGGCGCGCGUAAUCUCGCCGUUCGCCAAGACGUCAUCACCAAGUACACGCCGUUUGUCGUCUCCAUCGUCGUAGCGUUUGUUUGUCCCGCUUCGGCACGCGUUGCGAGUGCCGGUAGUGCAACUUGACGUCUCUCCUCGCACGCGUACUACACGUACUACGUAUAGACGUUAUCCAGCGGACGACGCAUUCGACCACGUUCAACCACGUUCGACGUAACGCGUACGUAUACACACACGUACAUACACAUCUAAUAUAUAUGUACACACGACGAAGGUAGAGUGCGUAAACUCGUAUCCACGCACGCGUGAGACGCGCACGUCGUGGGCACGCGCGAGGAGGCGGUGCGCGCGACCGCCGAGAGCGUCGCCGCCGUUCCUGUCAUUUCGUUCGUGCCAACUGUCGCGUGCAAGAACGUUGUAAUGUACGAGUAUACGAUGUGAAGGAAGGACACUGGAACGUGGCAGGACAGAUUUCCGUUCCGUUGAGACUCGAGUGAAGUUGGGUGAGAGACGACUCGCGCGCGCGCGCGCGCGCCCCCGCGCGCUCGUCGUUCCGUUCCAAGGAUUUUUCAGUGAUUCGCGCGAUACGGCGCGAAUCGGUUGGUGUGUAUUGGCCGCGGAAUCGGAAAGAGGAGUGUAAUCUCGAGUGUCAAAUCAGCGAUGCAUCUCAGCGCGUGAUGGACAGGCGAAGCUUCCCAGCUAGAAGCAGCGGCAGUGGCGGCUUCCUCUCGACCGGCAGACUCAUGGAUACGUGGAUAUUCUUCCUAUUCGUCGCCAUUGCCGACGUGGCGGCAUCAGUGGAGGUUCACUUUGAGAAUAAGGACGGUGGAUUCUUUUUGAAGCACAUACCGCGGCAAUAUUACCCGUCCCGCGGCACGUCGGACACCAUCCCGCCGCAAUCUACAAGUGUAUCGAAUAAUAACAACAACAAUGCAGGAAGCGCGGUACCAUCGCCGCCGCCUGGCUCCGUCCUCUCGAUCGACAAGUUUACCGUCUUCCAGACGAGCGAGCCGGUAUCGGUGCGGGCCACGUAUGGGCCUUUCAGCACCAAACAGACCGUACCGGCGCGCUACAUAGUCCCCGAUCCAUUGGACGCGCUGCCGGGACCAGAGACACGACGCAAUCUCACGGCAGCAACGAUCCUUGACGCGCAGGAGCUCGGCACUCGCCACCUGGAUAUGUCAGCUCACCUGGUGGGCAACAGCGUGCCGCGCGAUUCGCCCGUGCUCAGGGUGCUCUUCCACGCCGGUAGCGAGGCCGGUGGUAGACGUCAACUGCUGAUGGCGCGGCAUCAGCGAGUCUGCGUGGUGUUGCACGCCAGCCUGGCCAGUCCAUCACGGGGUAAUGCAGCGAGUAGGAGCAGCAAUGGUUACUCUUCCUCCUCUUCCUCCUCUUCGUCUUCAUCAUCUGCGCUUACGGCCGCCUGCAGCCCCGAUGGCGAGAACGGCGUGUGUCUCGCGCAGAUUACCAUACCGGCCGAUUGGUGGGCACCGUUACCGCCGCCCGAUGCUUCCGGCCGUGUCAAGGUCGCCAAAAGUCUGCCGCGAUUGAUUCAAGUUGCUUACUCCGUGCUGGAACCGCGUACGGAGGAAGGAGGACUUGGUACCGGCAACGGUGGCGACAGUGUUGGUAGUGGUUCGGUCGAUGCUACCGGCGAAUCGGGAUUCUGUAGACCCAGGGUACAAAUACAGCCAGUUACUCCUCUAGGCCAAGUACCGCUCGCGCCCAACAAGGCAGAUUACAAGGAACUCAGGGCGGAUGAUUCGUUGACGUUGCUGGUGCCGCACGGACCGCUCUAUCCGAGAUCCAGGCUGCACAUCCCGGCCUUCCUACAUCCCGUUAAGGUGACGGACUCGCGGCAGGAGCGACCGCCGUUGAUCGUCGCGGUUUAUUUAAGAGCGCGAGUAAAGUCCGGCGUGAAAAUCCUAGAUGCUUCAUCUAGCAGCCCGGACUGGAUUGUCGUUAGUGAUGUCAAUGUGAAGAACACAGCCGCCACGUUCACAGCGCGACGUAAGGAGAACUCGUCGCGUGUAUCGAGCACAUCCGCAGAAGAAAUAAUGACGAUGCUGUUGGAGGCUAGCGAGGAAGGCAUAGGCGGAAGCUGGGACGGCGGUAGAAUCGUAUGGAGCGUGCGUUACGCGCUCGAAGGCGAAGAGGAGAACGGCUCGCAGUUGACGGGCGUCGAUCAGCAGCAGCGAAUGCAGCAACGCCAGCUGCAGCACCAUCAUCAUCAUCACACGAUCGAGAGACGGAAACUGCAGGCACGGCUAGAGAUACAGAAGGAUGAUAUACAAGCGGUGCUUCCGAUCUCUAAGAACUGGGAGGUGAUGAAUACAGCUGUGUUGACGGGACGUCAGGUGUCGCAGGGGAUGAAGGUUUUCAUUGUGAGCCAAGCCGGCACGGUCGCCGAUGUUACGCUGCAGUCGUCCUGUCAUUCCGAGGACGAGAGUGUCCUCAAGGUAUCAUCCUCGUGCAGUAGCGUGUACGUGGAUGGUUCGGAGAUCCGGGGUUCUAGUAACGCAUCGGUCCUCGUCAAAUACGGCACGUAUACUGGUCUAGCAAGAUUCACCGUGUGGAUGCCUGAAUUUCCAUUGGAAGUAAGCGUCGCUGACACACGGUUGAAUCAAAUAAAGGGUUGGAAGGUGCCGGAGGAGCAUGUAGCAAGUGCGAAGAGCAAACGGAGUUUGCUGAAUGCGACGCGGAUCGAACAGAAGACGGAAGUUGUUUCGACGUCGAUAAUGCCAUUAGAAACACCACCGGUAACCGCACGAGCGAAGAAGAGAAGCGCCGUUGAUCUGGAAGAGUCGAUAGAGGACACGUCUAUGGACGUGGACGAUCCGGACGAACUGCUCGAGGAGGAUGAGCACGAGGAACGAUUUCGAUCUAAUGGAAAUGAUCACGGAUGGGAUACAAUCAACUCUAUCGAUCGGAAUCUAUCUCCGGCUAAUUGCAGAUUGCGUUUCCAGCAAAGUCCGGUUGAGGUUCACGCCCGAUUCUUAGCAACUGAUCACGAUUCGGGUAGAGUCUCGUACUUUGUCAAUCGGCGCACCUGGUUGCGCGUCACUGACCUCGUAGCCGGCAUGCUGCGUGUCUCCGAUCCUAGAAUAGCGACGCUUCUUCAAGGUAGAUUGGUUCAGGGACGCGGAGUGGGUCGCACGGAGGUGCAGGUACUGUCACCGAUCACUGGUAGAGUCAUCGGCGCGAAGGAAAUCAGAGUCGGCAACGAUCGCGUGUCUGUGACACGUCUGUCUGUCCGAGUGGUAUCCGGACUUCAACUCGCUAUCAACCCAGAUACUGCGAUCGAGAACGGAUACGUUGCCGAAACCUCGGUUACGAGAAAACUUACCGCCCAAUAUCAGGAAGGAUUGCUGGACAUUGACGUGGAGUUCUCGGACAGUACCCGUACACCCCUCAGGGAAAUCGCUGUGAGCGAUUACCAUUUACUGGUGGAGAGUCUGGAUCCGGAAGUUGUGGCGUUUGCACCAAUGGUCGCUUCCCAUCAUCCACGUGUAAUCGCGGUCGGUGAAGGCCGCGGUGACUUGCUGCGUGUCAGUUUACAGCUGGCCGAUUCCUGCCGAUUAUCCGGUAGACGUUCAAGCAAGGGUUCUCAGAGGACGACGGCCGCUGCAUUGGCAAGCGCGUCGGCUAACGUCGAGGUGGAUUUCGCUUCGAGCGAGGUACCCAAUCGGCCGGAAUUCGUGCAGAACGACGGCGGUGGCACUGUCGGUUCUCACCAUCAUAGAGAACGUAAAACUGGCCGGGGCGAAAUAGCUUCCGAUCUACACGACAUCCUUAUCGGGUUACCGCUGAAAGACGAGAAAGACAGGCACGAGCACGAGCCUUUGGUGCAGGCACGGCAGCAUCGCACGGCUAUAGCUAAUGGCAUGUCUUCAGGGGGUAUGGGCGGCGUCGGCGUGCGUCACCACGGCGUCGGAGCGCGGAUGAGCCCGCUCGAGAUCGGGAUGUACGUGCUGCUCGCGGCGUUCUGCUUCGCGAUCGUUGUCUUUGUCGUCUCCUGCGUGGUGUACGCCAGCAAGUUCAAGCCCCAGCCACCGGACUCCCCGUUGACCGGCGCGGCCGUCCCGGUGCUUUCUGGCGCGGGUGCAAGGGCUCGCGCUGCCGCAAACCAGCUGGCAUCUGGCAGACGACCGCCACGCGAAUCGACCACCAACGCACACGAUUGGGUAUGGCUAGGUAGAGCGACUCUCGAACGAGCUGCCUGCGGUCCGCAACAGGUACGAGUAACGAGUAAUCCGCUGGCAGGCGAAGGGGAACCCGAGGCUGAAUUGGGUACAUGCUUCGACAAUCCGAACCACAUCGAGCUACCAUCUGCCAAUCAACGGCCUAGCGGGGGCAACGACGAUAUUCCUCCGCCCUUGCCGCCACACGGAGUACCGAUCACGAACUCGACAUCAACAACGACAACUACGGCGACCACGACGGCCGGCACAAACAAUGCAAGCAACGGCAAUAACGAAGACUACAAGCCACCGGUACCGCCGCACAGGAACACGGGGGUGGGCAUACGAUUACCAGAACCGCCUGCGCCACGGAAGCAUCGCCAUAGGGCGUCUAGCGGUGGCAGCAGCGGCCAUCACGGAAAUAAUCAUCGGCACAAUAGUAAAGUACCGCAGCAGUCAAAUCAUAUAGUUAAGUCGCAUGGGAAAACUAAAGUAGACAACGCAAACAAGCAGAAUGGCGAGGACGAGGAAUUCGUGGAGUUGGUGAAUCACGACGAUAACAAUAGGCACCUCGCAAAGGACGCUGGGAGAUCACGGGAAAUUAAGAGGGCGACUAUAGUUGGUAAUCCAAUGUACUCGUCGUUUUCCACUUCCGCUGUGGUAUCCACCGUUGUCUCUACCGUAAACUCAUCUACUCCUACUGGCGGUGCGGCUUCGUCUACCACAACAUCUCCGCCAUCUUCAUCACCGUCCGUUUCUUCCUCCUCAUCCUCCUCUAGCUCCUCUUGCGCCUCAUCCUCCUCCCAGGAGCAAGAAGAAUCGGUGGCUCUCGAUGACCUUAAUCUGGGUAUGGACUAUAAUCAGAUUAUGCAGUAUUUCGACAAUCUAAAAGAGUCGAAUGCCUAG